AUGGAGCAAGAUGAGCUUCUCCAUCAACUGGUGGACCCGAAGUCUCCAAUCAAUAUUGAAAGUCUUCUGGAUACUAUAACUGCACUCGUGAACGACUGCAAAAUCCCAGUGUUGAUGCGUAUGAAAAGUGUCGACAAUUUUAUCAGCAGAUAUGAACGAAUCGUCGAAAGUGUAGCAGCUCUUCGAAUGAAAGCAACCGACUUCAGACAGCUCAAAGUCAUCGGAAGAGGUGCUUUUGGUGAAGUCCACCUCGUUCGACACACUCGGACGAAUACAGUCUACGCGAUGAAAAUGCUCAAUAAAGAUGACAUGAUAAAAAGAGCUGAUUCUGCAUUCUUCUGGGAAGAACGUGAUAUUAUGGCGCAUGCGAAUAGUGAAUGGAUUGUCCGCCUUCAGUAUGCAUUCCAGGAUCCACGUCAUUUGUAUAUGGUUAUGGAGUACAUGCCGGGAGGAGAUCUUGUCAAUCUGAUGACAUCCUACGAAGUCUCCGAAAAAUGGACUAGAUUUUACACUGCUGAAAUCGUAGAAGCACUAGCAGCUCUUCACAACAUGGGAUAUAUUCAUAGAGAUGUGAAACCGGACAAUAUGCUCAUCUCAAGAAGCGGACACAUUAAACUGGCUGAUUUCGGAACGUGUGUCAAAAUGAAUUCCAACGGAGUAGUUCGAUGCUCUACAGCUGUUGGAACUCCUGACUACAUAUCUCCCGAAGUAUUACGCAACCAAGGAAAAGAUUCCGAAUUCGGUAAAGAAGUCGAUUGGUGGUCAGUUGGAGUGUUCAUUUACGAAAUGCUCGUUGGAGAAACACCAUUCUAUGCAGAGGCUCUUGUUUCUACGUAUGCAAAUAUUAUGAAUCACCAGACGAGUCUAAGGUUUCCUGAUGAACCAUUGAUUUCAACUCAAGCUAAAGAUAUCAUCAAAAAAUUCCUAUCGGCUGCCCCGGAACGUCUUGGAAAGAACAACGUCGACGAGAUUCGGAACCAUAAGUUCUUCAAAAAUGAUGAAUGGACUUUCGAAACUCUCAAAGAUGCUACUCCUCCAAUCGUUCCUUCAUUGAAAUCUGAUGACGAUACUACGCAUUUCGAAGAAAUUGAAACGAGAGACCGUGAUAACGCUAGCGAUUUCCAACUGCCGAAAACUUUUAACGGAAACCAACUACCAUUCAUUGGCUUUACAUAUUCCAACGAGUACAGUCCAGUUAAAAAACUUCUAAAUGGGGCUUCUUCGAACGGAGUUCAAAAUGGAGUUGAAAAUAAGCCGGUUGUAGUUCAGCAACCAUUGACAAAUGGACAUUCAACAGGUAUCCCCGAAGAGCAAUAUGAAGAAGUGGUCAUAGAGCUUGAUUCAAAGAAGCGCGAGCUGGAGUCGUUGAAAGACAGUAUUUCCAGGACUGAAAUCAGAGCAAAACUUAUCGAAACUGAGAAAAAUUCGCUGUCAUCCAAAAUCAAUGAUCUCGAAAGAGAGCUUAAGGAUAACAAGGAGAGGUUGAGACUCGGUGCAGAUUCGGAUACUAAGGUGAACGAACUGUCUGUCGAGUUAAGAAUGUCGAAAGAGUACAAUGGAGAGAUGGAGAACGAAUUAAGCAAGUUCCGAGACAAAUGCGAGCAGCUGAAAGAAGACCUCCGAAAGAAAUCGGGUGAACUGGCUCAAGAGAAAAAUGAGACUCAGCGAGUUCUUCAACAGAAAAAGAACGCAGAAGAAGCAUUUGCUGAAAUCAAGAGAGAUCACGAAAUGCUUCAGACGCGGGAAGCGGAAAAGUCGUUGCAACUGAAGAAAGCUCUGGACGAACGGAAGGAAAAUGGGGCAUACCAACAAAGUGUUGCAAAAGCAACAGAUGCUGAAUGGGAGCGUAAGAUGCAGUACUAUGAAAAGCAGUUGGAGCAAGCUACAGAUGACAGGAAAAGAGAAGAACAAAAGCGUACGGCUGCCGAGUUUGAUCAGAGCAGAGUGGCUAGGAAGUUGGCUGGAAUUGAAGCUAAUUAUGAGUUGCUGCAAAAUGACUAUACUAACAUGAAAGAAGCACGGAAGGACUUGGAGAGAGAUCUCCAGGAUGUCAUUGCCGAAAAGCGAAGACUUGAAAUUCGUGUUGAGCAGCUUAUGGACAGCCGAAAUACAGAUGAACGCGUUCUGAACUUGUGUCAAGAGGAGCUGUUGGAGAGUCAAGAAGAGGCAAAGUACAAAGAAGAUGGGCUAAGAGGGAAGAUCGACGGCAUCCGAAACGAAUUGGAGAACGAGAAGAUGAAGUCACAAACUCUUGAAGAAAAUCUGAUUGUCGCCGAUAAAGAAAGGGGAAUGUUGAAGAUGGAAGUUCAAGAGCUUAUGCAGCGUCAUAAAUGGGAGAUGGCAAACAAAGAACAAAAUCUGAAACACAUUGAAAAUCAGUUGGAAGAGCUUAAAGAGCAUUCAAGAAUCGAAUCAACUGAGCAAGAGUCGAACGAUAAAAAGACGAUUGCUGAUUUGAACAAAAAACUGGAACUCGAGAAAGCUCACAAGAAAGCAGUCAUAAAUAAGCUGGAAGAGGAAAUGGCCAAACGACAACCUUUGAAGAAAGGCGAUAAGGGAAUUACGAAGUCGGCACUCAUCAAGAAAGAACGCGAGAUCGUGGGUUUCAAAAAAUGCAGAACAGGCAGAAUACUUAUGAGUCUUCAACAAGAAAAUCAGCAUUUGCAGCAGAAAAUGACAGAAAUGUAUAUGGAUUCGGAAAAGCAAGGUGAACAUUUCAGCUACCAAAUGCAAGAAAUGUCUCAACUUAUUGAGACAUUGCGAGAUGAACUCAAAGAAUACAAAGAUGAAUAUCCACAGCGACAUUCUGUGAAUCGAUACGAAGACAAACGCUCUUUGGAUUCUCGUGAAGGAAUUCCAACCUCAAUUAGUCAUCAAAAUAUUCAAAUCGAUGGAUGGUUAUCCCUGCGAGAUAUGACAAAGAAGUCACGGAAACCUAAGGUUGUUUUCAAAAAAAAAUCAGAUCAUCAAUUAACUCUUUUUUUUCAGUGGACCAACUACUUCGUUAUUCUGAAUGAAUACGCCUUCACCAUUUACACCGACGAGAAGCAUUUGAACUCAGUCGUCCUCACAAUUGAAGCAGGCGCCAUGGCUCAUGUUCGUCAUGUGACUAGUGCUGAUUUAAGAAAUGUUGACGACAAUCAAUUGCCUAAGAUUUUCCAUAUAAUGUACGAUGAUACUUCUUCAAACUCAUCUCGGCAUGCAUCAAACUCGGAUCUCUCGAUCUGUGAACCACGCGAAGAGGGUUGGAAGAGGCAUGAUUUCCAGGAACUGUCAUAUCACACACGUACUUACUGUGACGACUGUGGCAAGAAACUUUCGGAUUUCAUCCGACCUACACCAGCGUUUGAAUGCAAAAACUGUCACUAUAAGACACACAAAGAGCACAUUGCUCAAGGAACAAUCACGAUGUGUCGAUACACCGGUCUCUCCAGAGAAUUAGUCCUCAUGGGAACCCAUAAAGAAGUUUGUAAUCAAUGGGUUUCCCAACUUCGGCGAUUCAUUGAAGCUUCUCGACCUGCAAAUGUUUCUGUCUCGCGAGUCUCGUCACGUAGACACGUUGGUGGUCCAGGAUCAUCGGCUUAG